AUGGUCUUUUUGCGCUCCUUCAUCUUUGUGAUCUUGCUUGUGUCUGAGAUUGAGCUCCCAUUGCGGAUUGUGGCAUCCAACGGCGACUGCAACUCAUCGUCGGCAAUUGCGCAGGCGACGAGCCGCUGCCAGGAGGGCCUGGUUCUUGCAUCGGAAGGGCAUCCGUCUUUUGGCACCGGCCCAGUGCAGACACAUACUGCGUGUUCUUGUUGGCCAUCAUUCGAAGGACGUCCAAUUCCUUCGCAAGAUUGCCUCAACAAUGGCGACUUCAGAUCGAGCACCAUGGAAGUGCAGAAUCUGCAGACAGCUGAGGAAACACACAGCUCUGUACUGCACCAAUUGCCAGCAACCAUGGCAAAACGUGAUCGACCAGUCCUAUGUGCAUGGCUCGAAGCAGACAUCGCAACAGGACCAAGGUCAGCAUUACAGUUCACCAUGGCAGCAGCAACAAGAUUGGCAAGCUCAUUGGAACUCUUCGAACUCCAGAGGACGCACGCCCUCGCCGAGACAGCGACAGAGACCAAGGAGCGCAAAGAAGACUCCGAAACAGGAAGUAUGCCUCCGCUACCGCCACCGCCGUCACAAAACAUGGCGAAGAUGCCGGCACCCAUGCCGGGACCUGCACCCAACAUGAGUGGGAAUUUUGUACCAUCAAUGCCCACGAUGCCUGCACCAGCGAUGCCGAAGAUGACCGUGGCUUCGGUGCCAUCCAGCAAUGCUGCAGAUGCAGAAGUAAGAGGAUUGAUGUCCAUGAUGAGAGGACGACAAGCGGAAUUGCCGGAGGACAUGCAGCAGAAGGUUCAGAAGGUUCUCACCAAGUUCGGCCAGCAGACGUCGACAGACCUUCAUGCUGCGGUGACAGCGCUGGACACGGCCCGGCAGAACUACGACGACGCAGUUCUUGCACGCAGCCAGCAUCAUGCAAUGUGGAAGAAGUUCCUCUCGGAUGCGGUCCAGCUGUGGAGGACAUAUGCUGCUCAAUUCAUGGAGCAAGAACAGAAAUUGCAGGAGCAAGUGAUCACUCACAAAGAAUCACUGCUGACAGCCAAGAAGGACUUGGAGACCUGCAAGCAAGCCAAAUUGGGUGCUGGCGAUGUUCAACAGAUCAACUCGGACGACGAGACCGAGGAUCCAGAAACAGCAGCAGCGCUUCAAGCCUCUGUCAAGAUCACAGAGACGAUGGAAGGAUUGGCGACCUCCCUUCAAUCUCUACAUCAAGAAGCAGAGGCCAUGAUCGCCGAGGAGAACCAUGCUGCCAAAAGACAACGCACCAUGCAACCCAAGGAGUAUAACUUCAUCAAUGAGUUCGCCGCCAUUGAGAAUGCACGUUCCCUUGCAUUCGAAUUGGGGACCUAUGAUGGAAUCUCCUGUGCCACAACAUCAGCUACACUCACUCACAUGGCUCCUUCACCUCGUCGAAGCUUGGGUUUUGCUUCAGACGUUGACGUUCUGAUGGGCCUGGCUGAUGAGUUAACCAUGUACAAGAUCACCGUUCCCGAUGUAUGUCUUGGCAAUGGUAUCAUGCCUUGGAGUGCGGGUUUACUUCGAGGAGGAGAAUUUUCCAACACCAAUUUUGACUUCAAUGCAGAUCAAUGGCAGUGUCUGGCUGAUCACAGCCCUAUUGACUAUGCCAACGGAGAGAAUACUGCUCCACCAGUUGCGGCAGCCACCAUGUUCCCGAGCGCUGGCGCUGCUGACACCAAUGAUGCUACCCCUGGACCAGGACAUCAUGGAACUCCACGAGACAUUCUGCCCAUUCAACUGAUCUUCUCCUUCCUCAUGCACAAGUACGACAUUUGGCGGGCGUUGAACAAAUUUGCCUUCAACGUGAACUGCAAGGAACCGAUCGAUGCACAGUCCACAUUGGUCAUCAACUACAACCUGAUGAUCAAGAUCUUGCGGAACAGAAUCUCUGCCGUCGAGUUCAACAACAAAGACUUCAGAGACAAGGAAAUAGCUGGGAUCCUCCGGAUGUUCCAGAAGGACCUCCAGAAGCAGACCAUCCACGACCUGAUCCCACAGGAGCAACCGGACCAUCUCAGGAUCCUGAAGAUGCCAUUUCUCUCAUGGGAAGAAGACCUCAUCGGCCAGUCAGACGGCAACCGAUUGAAGUGUCUUCAACAUCAAAUUCUCCUGAGACAGUGUCCUCAACUGAGCGUGGAUUGGACUGGAGACAAACAGUCAUCUUCACUCUGGAUGGUUUGUCGACGUCAGCACAACUUCCAUGGAGUGAUCCAGAUGCCCUUUUUGGUCAAAUUGCAGCUGCUCUGA